AUUAACAAACACGUAAUCCCAAACAUUUUUAUUGUUGUGUACAUAAAAAAAGAGAGCAAGAAGCAGAGGUAUAAAAACCGGCAAACAUCUGGCGAGCGUUAUCAGUUCAAUACAACAGAGCGAAUACAACAAAUCGACUAAACAACAAAAGGAAAGUUAAUAAAGCAAAAAAAAAAAAAAAUGGCAAAUCUACCAUUAUUGUUGAGCUUGGCUGACGACCUUAGCCGUCUUUCCAUGACAAGUUCUCCCUUCUACGAGUCACCUUACUACUACAGCCGCUUUCCAGCCUAUUUGGCUCUGGUCAAUUCCGGCGAGCAAGCACAACAGUUGCGAAAUCGUGAAAAACAAACUGGUGCCCUAUCCACUAUUGGCAAAGAUGGUUUCCAGGUGUGCAUGGAUGUACAACAAUUUAAACCCAGUGAAUUGACGGUGAAAGUAGUGGACAAUUGCGUUAUUGUCGAGGGCAAACAUGAGGAACGUGAAGAUGAUCAGGGUUAUAUCUCAAGGCACUUUGUACGUCGCUAUGCCUUGCCCAAGGAUUAUGAUCCAAAUAAGGUAGUCUCCACUCUCUCCUCGGAUGGUGUUUUAACUGUUAGUGUUCCAAAGCCACAAACUGAAGAGAAAUCCAAUGAGCGUCAAAUUCAAAUCCAACAAGUCGGUCCAGCACAUUUGAAUGUUAAGGAAAAUGCCAAAGAAGAUAAGGAGAAAGAAGGAGAUGAAAAGAAAUGAAACCAAAUUUAACUUGUAUUACCUCAGAGAGUCAAUAGUCUGUUAAUUUGUUAAGUUUUAUAUUUUUUUAAAAUUCAGUUAAAUAAAUAUUUAUUAAUAAAAUGUAUACAAAGUU